AUGAUUGUGUGUAGCUCAGCACUUACACCUUUACAGCUAGUCGCCGAGGCUCUUUACUCAUUUGUUGUAUUGCAUCCACUCACGGGAUACUACUUAUAG